AUAGAAGAGAGAAUGCCAGAAAAUUUUCGGUUUGUUGCAACCGUCCGAUUGCUCUAAAGCUCCGAUCUGUACUUUGGUUGCCACUUUCAGUCUACGAAUGCUAUAGAUCCGAUUGUCUGAAACUAAAUUCGUCGCAUUGUAAUUGGCAUUCGAGCUCUGUUUUAUCUUCGAACUUGGGAUCCUAAGCGCACUCUUUGAGCUUCCAUUCCGUGUUUGAAGCAAUUUGAAUUGGGAAAUUGUCACUCCCGUCGUAUUGCAUGCUUCCUUGCGUUCUUGCAAGAUAUGCGGUCCAGUCGACUCGAUCACUCUAAGUGUGAAGUCAAUCCGUGUUUGGAUUGAAUUAAACUAAAGCUCGAGAAGACAGCAAAUGCCGUACAAGUUUGAAUACGAUUGCUGCCCAAACUGAUUGCUGGGGCUUGAAUUCCCAGUGAGCUUGAGCUAUAUGUCAAUUCUGGGUUGCACUCUAGUGUUCUGUAGGUUAUCGAUUUUGGGUUGUAUGGAGAGCUCUAGGUGACAUUUCUCUAAUACAAUCUUGGGUGGUGGAAAUGCCUCCUUCCCCAGCAUUGAGAUUCUCUCCCGGAAGAGAGCCAAAAACAAUCAGUCACAAGCGUGGGCGCAGUCUUGAAGGUGGAUUGCUCUAUAGGGAGAAAGAUGAUGAUCUUGCUUUGUUCAAUGAAAUGCAGUCCAGAGAAUCAGAGAAUUUUUUGCUUCAGUCAUCAGAUAACCUUGAAGACCAAUUCUCUGUGAAGUUGAGGCAUUUUUCUGAUGUUAAGCUUGGGAUCUCCAUUCCUGGUCGAGGAGAAAGCAGUGGAUUGCUUAAUGCAGAUGGUGACAAGAAUGACUAUGACUGGUUACUGACACCCCCAGACACACCACUGUUUCCUUCAUUGGAUGAUGAUGAGCCACAUCCAAUCAAUGCUGCAAGCAGAGGAAGGCCUCAGAGUAAACCUAUUUCCAUAUCAAGAUCUUCUACGAUGGAAAGAAGUCGCAGAAGUAGCAGGGGUAGUGCAAGUCCAAAUCGCCUUAGCCCAUCUCCUCGUACUGGAAAUAAUGCAUCCCAGUCAAGGGCUGGACCAUCAUCAGUGUCCAAUUCCAGCCCAACUCAAAAUUUGCGCCAUGCUACUCCAUCAAGAAGACCAUCUACUCCUCCAAAUAAGCCUUCAACACCUGCACCGAGGUCCUCUACUCCUACUCCUAGGAGGAUGAGCACUGGCUCCAAUGGUCCUGUAGUUUCAUCAGGAGUCAGGGGAACUUCUCCAGUCAAGACAAGUCGUGGAAACUCUGCUUCACCAAAGAUAAGGGCAUGGCAAACUAACAUUCCUGGUUUCUCCUCUGAAGCUCCCCCAAAUCUUCGAACUUCUCUGGCUGACAGACCAGCAUCAUAUGUAAGGGGUUCAUCACCCGCGUCCAGGAAUGGAAAGGAUUCUACUGCUAAAUACAGUAGGCAGUCAAUGUCUCCAACUGCUUCUAGAAGUAGUAGCUCAUUUCGUAGUCAUGAUAGAGACCAAUUUAGCUCACGCAGCAAAGGUUCUAUUGCAUCAUCUGGUGAUGAUGAAACUGACUCUAUACAGUCCAUCCAAGUGGGUAGUUUAGACUGGCUAAAUUCGAGAAGGAGUGGCUCAUUUAUAAAUAACAGAACUCCUGCCAUUUCCAAGAAGACAGCCAAAAUGGUUUCGCCAAAUUCUGCUCCAAAAAGAUCAUUUGACUCUGCCCUUCGCCAAAUGACACCAUUCAAUGUUGUGCAGGAUCGAAAAAGUCCUCAGAACAUGUUCAGGCCGCUUUUGUCUAGUGUGCCGAGUACUACCUUUUAUGCUGGAAAAGCAAAUUCUGCCCGUAAUAAUUCUCUGGUAUCUAGGAAUUCCUCUAUCACAACAAGCAGCAAUGCAAGCUCUGAUCAAGGUACAAGUGUUGCACAUGAUACUGAAGGGAGUGAUCACAACCAAGAUGAUGGGGCAAGUGAAGCUGAGAAAAUACCAUAUCCUGACAUACAUGAAGAAGUAUUUGCCUUUGAUAAGGAUGAUAUAAUAAAUGCCAACACUGGGCAUGAGAUUGCCAAUGAAUCAGUUGAUAUACAUCAUAAUGAAAGUAAAGGUUAUAAGAUUGAUCAUGAUCCCACUAUAUCUGAAGAUUCUUUUUAUCACAGUAUUGCCACUACAACCAUUGAAAGUUCAGAAACUUCCGAUGUCAAAAAUGGGAUUUUGGAAACUGAUAAUUUUGAAAAUGCAGCAAUCUGUUCUCAGUGUGGUUGCCGAUAUCAGGCCUCUGAUCAAACAGAGAAGGAUGUUAGGCUUUGUCCAGAAUGCAGAGGGAAAUACACACUGCUGAGAGUCAUCCCCCAGGAGACAGUUUUGGCAGUCACUGAAGACUCUUCAAUGUUUUCUACAAAUGUGUCCAUUGAAGAAAAACCAGUAGCUGAAACUGAUAAAUUAAUGGUUGAUUGUGAAUUGCCUCAAGAUACCAAUGUGGAUUCGAGCUUUCCUCCUGGUGAGAGAGAUGCUGAGCAUAGCCAAACUUCAUACAAUAAGCUAAUCCAGGAUCAGUCACUACAAAUUCCUCCUCCAAGCUCACCAGCAGAGGGAAGUGGCUGGAUGCCCACCAACCAGUCAAACAUGGACCAAUCAGAAGUUGAUUGCAGAAAUCCUUAUAGUAAUGUUGGGGACCGGCAGUUGUCUCACCACAAUGAUCGUCCAAAUUCAAAAAUGGACCUCUUGGGAGGUACUGGCAUAUCUGUAUUGCUGAGGAGGUCAAGCAGCAACAAAGGACCGGUAGUUCAGGGCAGGACUUUUACUGCGACAACCAUAUCCUAUGAUGAUAUCUCUCUUGCGAGAGGAAGUGUAAACAGUAUCAGAAGUUCCACUGGGUAUGGAAGUUAUUCUGCCUCAUCAUCAGUUGAUUUUAGCCCGGCGAAAAAAAUGGACUCCAGUGUGCAACGACAGUCAAGUGGCAGGAAGUUGGAUGUAGACGCUGGACAUGAAAUAAGGAUCAAGCAUGAACGUAGUGGGUCAUCUUUUUCUGGAACUUCAAACUAUACUCAUCAUGGAGUAGAUCUUGCAACACAAGAGACAGAAUAUGACAUUACAGAACAGAUACCUAUAAUUUCAGAAGUGAAAGCUCCGGAAAAUUUAGUGACUGAUGUAACUGAUGCUUCUCCUAUGGAUUCAGCAAUUGAGGAAAAUAAAUUUGAGUAUCACGAUGGUGGUGCAGAUGCUUGUAAUUCAGAAUUACUGAGCCAGGCUGUUGGUGUUCAGCCUGAUGGCAGUUCAAUGGCAUUAUUUCGAAAUCCUGGGGAUUGUUCUGAUGAAAAUGUUGACAAUCAUUCAAAUAAUGCUAGGAAUCUCUCAAAUAUAGAAGCAGCAGUUAUGGCUCCAGGGUUAUCCAUUGAUGAGGAAUCUGAUGUGCAGUGUGCUAAUCUUGAUGGAUCGGAUGCUUUGCCUGCCACCAACAUUUUGACAUCUACAGAAUCCGAAGUUGAAAGGGAAGUUUCUUGUCAGAAUAAUCCUGGUGUUGGAGAGGAUGAUCCAUCCCAGAUAUCAAAACGUGCUGUGAAUGAUUGUCAGGAAUCUUCUAUUGCAAAUCCUGGUGAUACCUCUUUUCCUGAUACCAACACAUCUGAGUGCUCCCAUGGUAUAGACGAAUCAACAGUUACAGUGGAGUAUCCAGGUGGAGGCAACCCUAGAAGCCUGACUCUGGAAGAGGCAACUGAUGUAAUACUAUUUUGCAGUUCCAUUGUCCAUGACCUUGCAUAUCAGGCUGCGACAGUAGCAAUGGAAAAGGAAAGCUCCGACCCAUUGGAAGGUUCUAAACCAACUGUGACUAUACCAGAGACGCCCAAAGCCAAUAGUAGGAAGGGUUUGCGUAGCCGAGCUGUUUUCAGGCACACAUUGAAAUCCCAGAAGGCAAGGGAGAGGAAAGUGGAAACUGAUGUCAAAUCCCCCGGUGGCGAGACUGAGAAAGAUGAAGUUGUCGAUGAGUCUUUCAAACACAAUGCCGGGCUUCCUAACAAGGUGGACAGCAUGAAGCCUCCGAAGGUUGAAUCGAAGUGUAAUUGCACCAUAAUGUGAGAGUUCAUUGUUUCGGGUUGUGCUUAAAAUUCGCACCAGCAUUUCCGCUCUUCCCUUUGGCUGGUUUGUAUAGAUCUUUGCCUCAUGCUUGUUUGAAGGCCGUUUGUGAUAACAGCCAUGUUCAUGUUGGUCCGACAUAUUUUGUAAGAAAUGUCACAUUGUGCUUGACAUAAUUGUAAAGUUACAUAUUUUCCGCUUCCUUUUUUUUCGGUUCGUAGGCCAUAGAUAGGUUUUAGGAGCAUUUGGAGAAGUCUGCUCCCUCUAAUUGCUGCAUUCUUGUUAUUUGAUUUCCAUCUCACUGAAGGUGAUCCAUCAGUGCAAGUGUGAAGUAGAACUCACCAAUUCAUAUUCGUUAAGAUCGUGAAAGCCAUAAUGACUUCAUUACAACUACAAGUGGUUUA